UUGCCUUUUUUGACGGGAUCGGGAUCGGGAUCGCGGCUGGGGCAGCGCUCGGGUCACCGUCACCGUCACCGUCACUGUCACGGGCGGCACCCGAGCCUCGGGGACGCGGCCCUGGGGACCGGCUGAGGAAUUCCAGCUCCUGGGAAUUUCAGCUCCAGGGAAUUCCAGCUCCUGGAGAUCCCAGCUUGUUGAGAUUCCAGCUCCUGGCAAUUCCAGCUCCUUGGGCACCCGUUGGGAUGGAAGAGGGGCCAGGGCUGGCGCCUCAGUGGCGGUGAGCCGAUGAGUUUCCUCCCGCUGCGCUGACGACGGAUGGGGGCCGGGCGGGGCCGGGGGGGGCAGGAGGAGGCGGCGGCGGCUGCCCACGGGGCCUGGAGGGGCACAGGGAGGUGCCCACACACCCCUGGAACCGGGACCCCCCCGGCCAUGGAGGGACCCUCGGUGCUCGGGCCCUGCUCGUGGCAGAGGCGCCGCGCGUGGGCCCGGCACGGCCGGGGCUGCCGCAGCCCCGAGGGCGAGCGGGACCAGGAGGAGGAGGAGGAGGAGGAAGAGGAGGAGGAGGCGGCCGCUGUCCCCUGGGAGCCACCAGAGCCGGACCGCGCUGUCCUGGAAGGACGUCCCUGCUGCAGGGUCCGGACGCGGCUGCAGGACUGCGAGUGAGGGGGGACACUGGGGGGACACUGGGGGGACACUGGGGGGACACUGGGGGGUCACUGGGG